UUGGUUCAAUAUACGGAAGUGAUCCUGUUUCCUGGAGACGGCGCGUGGCGGCGGCAGCGGCGGCGGCGGGGGCUGCAGUUGAGAUCAGCCGGGGCGCGUGGCGGCUGGGCCUGGCUCCAGGCAUCCAGGAUGUUUGUCCUGGUGGAGAUGGUAGACACGGUGCGGAUCCCGCCAUGGCAGUUUGAGAGGAAGCUCAAUGAUUCCAUCGCUGAGGAGCUCAACAAGAAACUGGCCAACAAGGUCGUGUACAACGUUGGGCUUUGCAUCUGCCUGUAUGACAUCACCAAAUUAGAGGACGCCUACGUGUUCCCAGGGGAUGGUGCGUCCCAUACCAAAGAAUUCCUGGACAGUCCCACCCCCUGGACCUCUGCUUUGGGGUUUGCCUCCCCCUCUGCUGCUGCUAGAGGCCAAGUAGCGGGAGCUGGCCUGGAAGUUGGACGCCUCGUGUUCUCCCUGCCCUCCAAAUUCCCAGGCUUGGGAGGCUGGAAGAUUUUUCCAUCCUUCCAUUUCCGCUACGUGGUCUUCCACCCCUUCUUGGACGAGAUCCUGAUUGGUGUGAUUAAAGGCUGCAGCCCAGACGGGGUUCAUGUCUCUCUAGGGUUCUUUGAUGACAUCCUCAUUCCCCCGGAAUCCUUGCAGCAGCCGGCCAAGUUAUCAGUGAUGAGGCCGAGCAGGUGUGGGUUUGGGAAUAUGAGACAGAAGAAGGAGCCCACGACCUAUACAUGGACACCGGGGAGGAGGUCCGCUUCCGAGUGGUGGAUGAGAGCUUUGUUGACACGUCCCCGACAGGACCCAGUUCUGCGGAGGCUUCGACAUCCAGUGAAGAGGCUCCCAAAAAGGAGGCCCCUUACACCCUUGUGGGAUCCAUCAGUGAACCAGGCUUGGGGCUUCUCUCUUGGUGGACUAGCAGUUAGAGAUGGUCAGAGGACGUUCCCUGUGCCAGCAGCCUAGGCCCAAGAGGCUGAAGCACGAGUCUGGGAGUGCUAGCGGGGCUGGGCUGGUGGCCUCAGCUUCCCCGGGGGCCCUCGAGCCUCCUCUGUCAGAGCCAAGGUAUAACAAGUGGGGGAUGAGGAGACCCCUCCCUCGAUCCUCUACUCCCAGCCCUGUGCCAGUGCGGGGCGGCUUCCGCCCCGAACCACGUGCCCAAGGGUCCAAGAGCAGAGGAGAGCCACUGCCGGUGGCUUCACAGUGUCCUCUUUGCCCCUGUGUGGACUCACUUCCGUCUGCAGGAAAGAAUGGUGGCCAGGGUCUGACUGGGUUCUUACUUGUUGACUCUGUGACCUUGGGAACAUCGUUCGAGUCUCAUGAGCCGCCUGCCCCUCCCUCCCAGCUUGGGAUCACCUGGUCCUGCCCCCAUCCAGUCGCCAGCAGUGAAGCCGAGUGCCCUGUCCUAGCAGCUGCUGCCUUCCUCUGGGCUCUGUUUACAAAUGCAUGGAGGCAGCUAUGUCCAUCCCCAGGGGCACCCUUGGAGCCUGCUGGCCAAGAGCCAAGCAAGGGCAUCACGUGGCUUCCUGAGCUCCGGGAGCUGGGCCACACUUAAUGGGUGGGCAGCUGGGGAGACUCCCCCAAAAUAAAAAGACCAUUACUGGUAA